AUGGAAAAGUUUUCAAAUUCAUUGAUGGCGGAGGAGCUACGGCGCACAUUAGCGGAGAGGAGGAAGAAACACUAUAAAGCGCUUAUCGGUGCUGUGGAGGAGCUGUUGGUACGUAAGCUGAGAGAGAAAGAGGCUGAGAUAGAGAGAGCCACGCGCCGUCACAAUGAGCUCGUAGCGCGUGAAUCUCAGCUUAGAGCGCAGGCGGAAGCUUGGCAAGGUAGAGCGAAGGCGCAGGAAGCCGCCGCCGCGUCGCUGCAGGCUCAGCUUCAACAAGCCGUUAACAAAUGCGGUGGUGUGUCGGCCGAGGAAGGGCUAGUAUUAGGAGCGGGAAUCAGCGGAGUAGACGACGCUGAGUCGGCGUACGUUGAUCCGGAGAGGAUGAAACGGCCGAGCUGCAAAGCUUGCCGGAAAAUGGAAGCGACGUUGGUGAUGUUGCCGUGUCGGCAUCUGAGCAUCUGCCCGGGAUGUGACCGGACAGCUUUAGCCUGCCCGUUGUGUCUCACGUUGCGGAGUUCAAGUGUUGAAGCGAUCCUUUGCUAAAUGGGCCUACUUCAGGCCCACUAGUUUGUCAUCGUACAUACAACUUUUUUUUUAGGAAAGAAAUGAAUGCAAAUUUUUUCUUAUGAAUUGGAAUAACAUGUAGAAGAACAUAAUUGUUUGUUGGAAGGUUUCGAACCCACGUGAGAGUUCUUGGUU